CCUCCUCCUUCUGUUCUUCCUUGCCCGAAUCGUAGGUGAGCUCCUGUUCUCUUGGUUAUGCAGCUGUUGGUAUAGAUGUUGUAUGUAUGUAUUAUGUAUAAUGUGGCCUAGCGAAGGCGUAUAGCGGGCUGUACUAAGUCAUAGAAAAUGAGAAAAGAAAAGGGGCAUAUAGUGGGGUCGAAUCCAUGGGUGCGUCGCUGUUGGUGUCGCAUGCGUGGGUCAAUCCUUUGCAGGGUUCCCUGUCUAUCCCUCUCCUCGUAGUUCGUCUUCCGGUACGUCUUCCAGCAUGGGUGUAUCCGGGACCCUGUCGUGGGUGUCCAGUCGGUGUGAAGGCGCCUGACGCCUCCACGAAUUUCCCAAGGGCUACUAUUCCUUCUCGAGUCCGGAGGCUUCCAAAGCUUCCAAAGCUCACCUCACGAGAAACCACCUCGGCACAGUUUGAGACAGACUCUCGUGAGAUUAGUCAGAGUUUACCACAACGGUUUAGAAAUCAACUCGUUCUGUUCUUCAAAAUCUCACUUACCGACACGUCUCACCGCCCUCAGCUACCCCGCUUUUUUACUGGAGGUCCUACAUACAGCAUCGGCCUCGCACUAAUCAGGAGCCGGCAAAUAUUUUACUACUAGGUAUUGAGGGCGCUGAACCUGACAUUUUCCGCUGAACAACUCGGCGCCAUGAUUAUAAUUUCACAGAUGGAUCUACGAUGUAGCGGCAAAGGGUUUUGUACAAUCACAAAUCUAAACAGAGAUUGGCGAUGGUCCGUCCAGGCAUCGACGUGAUCACG